AGAGGUAUAGUAGUACACACGAGUUAGGAAGGGAGUAGCGUAGUGGAGCACAGGAGCUCGGUGGAUGGUCUCUGAUCUUUCUCUGAGAAAGAGAAGAAGAGCGGAGAUCCCAGCAGCCCCUGUCUCGUCACUCUAUCUAUCUAUCUAUCUCAUACACUGCUAGCGCUAGCGGCUAGCUAGGGCUCUAUCUUGCUUGGUACUGUCGCAAUGGCAUUCUUCUCCAUGGAGCACCCGUUGGCCUCUGCCUUUGGCAUCCUAGGCAACAUCAUCUCCUUCCUGGUGUUCCUCGCGCCAAUGCCGACGUUCCUGCGCGUGUACCGGAAGAAGUCGACGGAGGGGUUCAGCUCGGUGCCGUACGUGGUGGCGCUCUUCAGCUGCACGCUGUGGAUCUUCUACGCGCUGGUGAAGACCAACUCCAGCCCGCUGCUGACCAUCAACGCCUUCGGCUGCGCCAUCGAGUCCGUCUACAUCCUCCUCUACCUCGUCUACGCGCCGCGCCCCGCCAGGCUCCGGGCGCUCGCCUCCUUCCUCCUCCUCAACGUCGCCGCCUUCUCGCUCAUCGCCGCCGUCACCCUCGUGCUCGUCGCGGAGGCGCAGCGGGUCAAGGUGCUCGGCAGCAUCUGCCUCGCCUUCUCCAUGGCCGUCUUCGUCGCCCCCAUGAGCGUCAUCUUUGUUGUGAUCAGGACGAAGAGCGCCGAGUUCAUGCCCUUCUCCCUCUCCUUCUUCCUCACCCUAAGCGCCGUCGCCUGGUUCUUCUACGGCCUCUUCACCAACGACCUCUACGUCACGCUCCCGAACGUGGGCGGCUUCUUCUUCGGGUGCGUCCAGAUGGUGCUCUACUGCUGCUACAGGAAGCCCAGGCCGGCGUCCGUGGUCCUGCCGACGACGGCCGCCGCGCUGGCGGCGGAGUCGGCGGAGAUGGAGCUGCCCCUCGCCGCCCUCGACGCGGCGGCCGUGCUGCCGGAGUGCGCGGUGCCCGUGCUGGCCGAGCUGCAGAAGCUGGAGGAGGCGGUGGGGUCGCCGCGCAAGGGCGGCGUCAAGGCCAUCUGACCCUUUGCAUGCCCCAGUGGCGUUGCUGCCUCCGGAACCAGAUCGAAUUGAAGCGUGAAAUAGUUUGGUAGACUGAAAUUAUUAUUUACUGCCCAGCAGAGAGAGGUAUCAGCUAUACGCGCGUGUGUGUGUGUGUGUGUGUUUCUUCUGAUUUAAUCGUUUUGGUUGGUUGGUUUGGAUUUGUGUGCAUGUGAGCUUGUACUCGAAGUUAAUCUGCUGGUUUUGUCUACAAAUUAAUCUGAUGGUUUGGGC